UCAUCUCCUCGGUAUUUAUGAGCUAGUGUUUUGCUAGGUUACUCAGUAACAACCAGAAUGUUCAACAAGGCGCUGAAUAUUGCAAUCUUAUUUUUUCAAAUAAGUUGCUCGUUAGGUGAUCCCAUGGUGGAACUCCCCAAUGGGCAAAUCAGUGGACGCGACGCUACAACCGCCGAAAAUAUACCAUACUACAUUUUCGAAGGAGUACCAUAUGCGGCUCCACCAGUUGGAGAAUUACGAUUCAAGGCACCACAACCUGUUGCCAACUGGGAAGGUGUUCUAGAGACGAAAUAUAUUUCCACAACUUGCUUUCAAACAUCUAGUAACAACGACAAUGAAUCGGAAGAUUGCCUUUUCAUAAACAUAUAUACACCAGAACUUCCCAGUGACGGCGGCAGUGGUACUUUACCUGUAAUGUUCUACAUUCAUGGUGGAGGUUUCGUCGAUGGUAGUGGUGUCGGAUGGGGACCAGAUCUUUUCAUAGAUAAUGGGGUUAUUCUGGUGACUAUCAACUACCGAUUAGGAUUCUUUGGGUUUGUCUCGACCCAAGACGAAGUAAUUCCCGGAAACAGCGGCCUUAAAGACCAGCGAUUCGCAAUCCAGUGGGCCCACGACAACAUACACCUUUUCGGAGGCGAUCCCAAUCAAAUCACUAUUUUUGGGCAAAGCGCAGGGUCGGCUUCUUGCGCCUACCAACUUCUUAACCAAGAUUCAAAUGGGCUAUUCCAAGCGGCUAUUUUAGAAAGUGGUAGUUUUUUGAGUCCAUGGGCUUAUCAAAGAAGAGCCCGACAAAUCUCUUUCGCUACUGCUGCUUUCUUGAACUCUUCAUGGGCAGACAGUGACGAUUCGCAAGCUCUUCUAGAUUACCUACUAACGGUUGAUGCUAGAACUUUAGACUCAGCAGCUGAACAAUAUCGCAGUUGGGAAUGGGCAAACAACGGGUGGGAAGAUCUUGAAAUUUCUCAAGGUUUUUACUGGGCACCGAUUGUGGAAGUGAAAAACCCGGAUGCUUUUCUCACUAGAAACAUGUAUGGUUUGUUGCAAGCGGGUAGUGUUCUCCAAGUACCUAUCAUGAUUGGGGUCACAUCUGAAGAAGACCUUGUUUUCGACCAAGAUGCGCAAGGACUACAAAAUAGAAUGGCUGCGUAUGACCAAAACCUAGGUUGGCUUGUACCCAAUGAUAUGCAAAUUACGGACCAAAAUCAACGCACCCAAAUGGGUAGCGCAAUUCGAGAUUUAUACACCGGAGGUGAACCAUUAGCAAACCAUUUGGGUGACGCUGUUAGAUAUUCCAGUGAUACUUCCUUCACUAGAUCGGUCAUAAAACAUGCCGAACUUUUCUCCAAAGUAGCGGAAACUUACUUUUACAUUUUCUCUUACGAUGGUCAAAUGGGAGGUGGAAACACACACUAUGAUGGUGCUGAAGGUGUAGGACAUGGCGAAGAAAUAGGUUAUUUGUUCUGCAGUGGCGAUGGAUGUAAUGGUAAUAAUUUCCCAGAAGCUGAUAGAGUGACGAGACAGCGGCUUAUCAAAUUGUGGACCGAUUUUGCUAAAUAUCGAAACCCAACUCCAGAAGCAUCAGAAUUACUGCAAAAUAUUAUAUGGCCUGCAGUCUCAACAGAUAAUGGAGAUCUUUACUACGUUGAUAUUAAUGAAAACUUAGAAAUUAAAAAUCAUCCGAAAGAGGCUACUUAUGGUGCUUGGGUUGAACUUUACAAUAGCUUGGGCUAUGAUGAUUUCGACACCUACUAAGUGCAAACACUUUUCCUAAAAUUUUGUUUGGUUAUCAACACAGUUAAUGAAAUAAAUAAGAUAAAAGUAGCCAUACAUAAUUAUAAUUAACUUUACUUAAACUGUAACGUUAUUAUAAGAAAAGUAAUUAUAAUAUUGACGAUACUAAAAA